AGAGCUCGCUGCGUGACACGCCGGGGGCGCCCUCGUGUUCGGUUGGCUCACACGAGCGUGGCAGCGCUCACUCCCGCUCUUGCUUCCCGCCGCUCCCAAGCGCAAGCGCCGCCGGCUCGGCUGCUCCGUAGGUGAGCCACGCAAAGGUCGCCGCCCUGCACCGUUGCGCACUCACGAGUCACACUCACACCUACAAAUAGCGCCGCACUCGGCAGCACAACCCACGCACAGCAAACCACCACCAGCAGCGGAGCAAGAAGCCAACAACACCAGAAGAUCACAGCAGGCAGCAAUGGCAGCGCCAGGCGUGUCCGUCGUCCUCGCCGCGUGCCUCGUCGUCCUGGUGGCGCUCGGCCUCGGCGCCGGCGUGGCAGAGGCGCAGGGCGGCGGCGUGGGGCAGUGCGUGCCGCAGCUGAACCGGCUCCUGGCGUGCCGCGCGUACCUGGUGCCCGGCGCGCCGGACCCCAGCGCCGACUGCUGCGGCGCGCUCAGCGCCGUGUCGCACGAGUGCGCCUGCAGCACCAUGGGCAUCAUCAACAGCCUGCCCGGACGCUGCAGCCUCGCCCCAGUCAACUGCUCUGCCUGAGGAAUGAGACGAGGAUGCUGCAAAGCAAGGGAGAGGAAUAAGACGUGAUCCAUGGCGAGAAGCGAGAGCAAUCGAGCUCCACCAGCUUUCGGCCUGACCGCCGGCGUCGCCAGCCGCCUGUCACACGUCCAACGUCGUCGUCGUUUUCGUUUCAAUACUCAGACUGCUUUGCUACCAAUCUCAGUGAAAAAAAUAAAGUGAAACCAUGCUUGAUCAGAUGGUUGAAUGCUAUCGAUGCUUGAUCUACUUUUUUUU